GUCUGCCUUGCACUCUGGCGCCACUCAACAUCUCCUUCAUGCAGACCCGGUCGCCCGUUCUAACAUGUGCUUCUUCUUCUCCUCCCAGGUAUUCUUGCAAGGAAGCAUGGACAGCGAUGGUUCGCUCUCGACGAGGUUCAACUACCGAUGGUCCCCUGCCCUCGUCUCCAAGGCCCAGUUCCAGAUUGGUCAACAAGAUAUGGCCCAGGUUGAACACGAGUACACUGGCGCCGAUUUCACCUCAAACCUGACCAUGCUCAACCCCUCAUACAUCGAGGGUGGCUUGACCGGCAUCUUCAUCACAAGACACUUCCAAUCCAUCACAAGAAAGAUUGCUCUGGGUCUCGAGGCCGUCUGGCAGCGUGCCGCUCUCAACCAGCCUCCUGAGGCUGCUGUGUCCUUUGCCGGAAGAUACAAGUCCGACGACUGGGUCGCCACCGCACAGCUACACGCACAGGGUGCCCUGAAUGCUACCUACUGGAGACGUCUCUCGGACAAGGUUCAGGCCGGUGUCGACCUGACUCUCCAGCUUGUCCCUGGCGGUGCCGGCGGAAUGAUGGGAGGCUUCCAGAAGGAGGGUAUCACUACUGUUGGUGCCAAGUACGAUUUCCGCAUGUCUACCUUCCGCGCCCAAGUCGACUCCAAGGGCAAAUUGAGCUGCUUGCUGGAGAAGAGGGUUGCACCUCCUGUCACCAUGUCCUUUGGUGUUGACAUUGACCACCCCACUCAACAAGCCAAGCUUGGACUCGGCAUCACCAUCGAGGCAGGUGGCGAGGAGCUGCAAGAGCAACAGGAGACCAUGGGCGCUACAUCUCCCAACAUUCCCUUCUAAGCAGUGUUGCGGAAUUGGCAGUAAUCGUUGAUCUGUCGCUUCUCGCUUCGGUCGGAUCACCAGCACUGCCAAUGGUUGCUUAUGACGAGCAAUCCUCCCAAAACUUCUCCUCUUCUGUCUUAUUAAAAUCCCCCCCUACUCGACAUAAGAAAAUAGGGGCGGGCUGCAUCACAUUAUGACGAUAGACAUUUCUCUAUACAGCAUUGACGAUGCGCUUGUCCGGCCAGCUUUGUUCCUGGGGGUUUAUGACCAAAUGCCGCCGUGGAAAGAGUGGGGCGCGAACGUGUAUUAUAGAUUGGACGACACCUAGAGGAUUUUGUGUAGCAUCGCGUUCUCGGAUUGGCACAGGGGUUGGAAGUCAUCUGGCGUAUCGUUUUAAUCAUGAUGUUGAGGCAUCUGACGGGACGGAGCGCCUGUGUAAUCUACUUGGUUACUGUAUAUAAUAGGUAGCCAACGCUAUGUAUAAAAUUAUGAAAGACCGACGUUAUUUAAGA